AUGGAUUUGAAAGAAAUGGAGAAGGCCUACCGGACGCUUAUCGCGGCGGUAGACGAUGUCGACAGAGAGGGAGUUCAGGAUACACCCCUGCGUGCCGCCAAAGCCUUUGAGGCGCUAACCCGGGGCUAUCGACAAGAUCUCGAUACGGUAGUUAACAACGCGCUGUUCGAAACGUCCAAUAGCGAAAUGGUCGUUGUCAAAGAUAUUGAAUUGUACUCGAUGUGCGAACACCACAUGCUCCCUUUCAUCGGUCGUUGCCAUGCGGCCUACUUGCCUAGGGGUAAAGUCGUGGGGUUAUCAAAGAUCGCCCGAAUCGCCGAGAUGUACUCAAGGCGAUUGCAGAUCCAGGAAAAUCUCACGAUGCAAAUCGCCAAUGCCAUCGAGACCGUGACAGGCGCCGAGGGAGUGGGAGUUGUCAUUGAGGCCAAGCAUCUUUGUAUGAUGAUGCGCGGUGUUGAAAAGCAAAACUCGUCAAUGAAGACCUCCGCGAUGCUGGAAGUUUGAGAGAAUCCCUCGACCCGCGCUGAGUUCCUGAGUCUUAUCUGCGGAUAA